UGACGUAUAAGGAAACUCCUUCAAAGGAUCAGGUUUCACAUAUAUAUAUAGAGCACACUUACUCUGAGAAGAUUUAGCAAUAAAGCACAAACAUAUUAAGACUCACACUUGUACCAAGGGUGAAUGGAUCGCUCAGUCAAAAUGUCUGCUCAAAGGUUGCGAGCUCCAAGCUCAGUGUUUUACAAGGCAGUGGAUGGGGUUGAAGAAAUUAUGAGUGGCUAUUUGGUGAAGUCUCCUCCUUCAGGGCCUUUCUUUUACCAGAAAUCUUGGAAGAGGAGGUUUUUUGUAUUCUGCAAGACCCCUGAUAACGUUCAUCUUCUGAAAUACUGCAAAGAUGAAGAUGACAGAGACAAGCCACUAGGAGGCAUCGACUUGUCUGUCAUUACACUGAUUUUUCCUCAUCCGGACAACCAUAGGAAAUGGAACUGGAUACAGGGGAUGUUUAAAUGCCAGCCUGAUUCAGUGCUUUACAUACGCACCACAGAGAGGGAAUAUUUUCUCAUUGGAGAAAACAAACAGGAUGUGGAUAAAUGGUUCAAUGCCAUAUUCUCUGUGCUGAUGUCAAUUUCGAAAGCAGAACCUUUGAGAAAUACGGAGCAGGAGAGGCAACGAUCCAUGUCUGAGUCAAAUGCAAAAAAAGCAAUGAAUGACCUUACUAAAAAUAGCAGCAUUCAAGAAAAGGGUGCAACCUGUGAAUCAUUUACUGCAGAUGCCAAGCUGAGACGGCAGUCUCUCUCGGAAUCUUACUACAGUGUACCUAAAUCUAGGGUGGACCAACUACCUAAACCAGAACCAACUGAAAACCAUAAUAUGUACAUGCCUAUGGCUUCAGUCAGGCUAAGAAUAGUGGAGGAAGCACUGUCUGACCAAAACAGGGUCUCCACAUCUCCUGCUUCAGGAAACAUUGCUGAUGUCAGAAAUCCACAUGACUUUCACUUAGUUAAGAGAGAAGUACAUGUAAUUCAAGAAAAUCCGAAGAAUCACCUGACCCUUGCAGAGACUGAUAGAAAACCUUGUGUUGCCCACUGGCUGGGUCCAGAUGAUGGAUGUGUGUUCCAUAAAGGAGACCAGAUUAUUGCUGUAAAUGAUCUUGGGACUGACAGUACUAUGGAAAUUCAAACAUGCUUGAGUAAAAAUAACAACGAAGAGAUCCCGAGGACCUGAAUCUUUCAGUGUCGAGCAAUGCUCCUGUGAAUAAGCUGAAGGACCACACCUGACAUGGUAAAGAGCCCUUACAGGACACUGGGUUAGGACUUUCAUUAAAAUGUUAACUACACCUCACAGGGCACUGAACGGACUGUGUAAUUUUUGUAUGUAGAUUGUACACCACCCUCGGGCGAUGGUGGGUGUCAGGGGUCCAAUAAAAAUCUGUUAUAUAUCGAGGGGCGUGAUAUAGCGAGAGACCCACAGAAAAACAAAUAGGCUAACAAAUACUGUACAUUAACCACUCCCUCGUGUUAUCGGAGGUGUCGGGGUCCAGUAUAAAUCCUCUAGGCAAACUGCUUUUUCUCAUUUGUCGUAUAAAAAGCAGCUCACCGUUUUAAUUCGUAGAGCAGAGGGUAAUUGCUUCUCAUCAACUUCAGUCUCUAAUUAAUUUCACAAGUCUUCCUCUCCUUUCUCAAAUGCACAAACUGCAUUGAGAAUCCAUAAACAUAAGACUUGUUCCUAAGGAGCUGACGUCACUGCCCUGUGACUUCCUAAUGCAUUGCUGCCACACGUGAACACCUCGUUGGCUAAAAUAAAAACUGCUUCAGCAAGUAGAUAUUGAAUUUGCAUUGUGUUACUGUGCAUUACGUGUGUAUAUAAUAACAGUACGAUAUUAAUGCUUUGUUUUUAAUUGCUUUGUAUAUUGUUUGUGAUGUGCAGUACGAAAUAAAACGAACAGUAAUUCUUAGUGCCUAUGUAUGUUGAAGCUAAGACAAUGUAAUCGAUGUAUGUAAAUGUGUGCAUUUUCCAGUGGCAUUAUACAGUAGUUUAACUUGUUUUUGUACUUGUUUUCUUUUGCAUACUUUGAAUUAAACAAGCAUGUUGUUGAAAUAGCAACACACCAGUUCCUGUGUCUCAUACAGUACUAUUUCCUUAUGACCUAUGUGUUACAGCCCUUUGUCAUGUUGCUGUCUCCCUUACCUGCUGCCACGUUGAAGAUUCCUGUACUUUAAUUCUAUUCAGUGCACAGCAGAAAGGCAUUGCUCAACACUGAAAUCUGUUUAACAUUUCCCCCCUCAAAAUGACUAAAGCAUGACAUGUGCUCCUUUGGCACAUGCUUCUUGGGCUGUGGAAUGUGGGUGUGAUGAUGGUUUAGCCUAAGAUGUACUGCCAAUAGAGAUUAGCACAGUAAAUGAAGCCAGUUUUUGGGUUUUUUUCUGCACAGAUAUGUGGUUCUGUGUGAAGCAUGUUAAUAGAAUGAAUGUCUCUACACGAGACCCAGACUGCAUGAUGUUCAG